AUGGGUCGCAAGAAGAUUCAGAUAACCCGCAUCCAGGAUGAGAGGAAUCGCCAGGUAAUACCGUAUAUAUAUUACUAUGCUAUAUAUUUUACAAGUUAACAGUACUUUGUGCAAUAUGCAAAUAGUAACACAGCUUUGUGACAUAGUUAAUUUACAAUUCUUAUCUCGGAACCAGCAAUGUUUAACUUGUGUUAUAUCACCUGUCACAUCAGCGGGGAUCCGUGACGUCCGCAGAUGUUAACAUUAGUGUUUUUAUUAUUGCCCACAAUUACUGAGUAAAUAACAAACACGUUCAGGUGACUUUCACGAAAAGAAAGUUCGGUCUGAUGAAGAAGGCCUACGAGUUGUCGGUGUUGUGCGACUGUGAGAUCGCGCUUAUCAUCUUCAACUCGAGCAACCGCCUCUUCCAGUACGCCUCCACCGACAUGGACAAGGUCCUGUUGAAGUACACCGAGUACAACGACCCCCACGAGAGCCGCACCAACCACGACAUCAUGGAGAUGUUACAGCGCAAGGAAGGGAAGCCUUGCAAUGGAAACGACUCCGACGACGACUCCCCGGGUCCGUCGACUCCACAUCAAGUGAUGCCUCCGUCGGGCGGUAAGUGUUUACUUCGUAUCACGUGCCUUAUCACCUUUUGAUUCAAUCAGCCUGUCCCAUCAAUUAUACAGUGUUUCGAUUAGAGUUUACUGUGGUAUUCCAGUGUCGUAUCCGUCGAAUGGAGCACCGAACCCAUCCAUCUCGAGUCGGCAACCCCAACUCGACUUCAAUGGCGUUACCAACAUUGCUCAGAUCUUCAACAACCCCAACGUGUUCCUCAACAACCCCUACAAUCAGAUGCGUCAGAAUCUCCCCAACGCUGUAGCGUCGACGUUGGCUGCCGCUGCGACCGGCAACAACAAUCGACCGCCCAAUGAGAAUAUGCUCAGCAAGGAACACCAUCAGGUACGUUCUUAACCUACGUGACAUUCUCGAAAGAUUAUUAAUUAAACAUGGUGUUUACAUGUCAGUCUUAGUCACGAAUUUCAGAUAAACUAGUACAACAUAUUAACCAUUUGUUUAUUAAGAUAAAUAUUGUUGCAGGACUUCCCGACUACGUCAGCCAGCUUUUCCACGCAGAACAACUACAGUAACGUCUCGAAUCUGGAUUGCAUACCCAACGGACAUCACCACCAACAACGCCCGGCUUCCACCGCCGGAAUCAUGCAGCAUAAUGGAAACGGACUCAUGCUACCGCCAGUACUACCACCCCAGUCGCUCACCCCCCAACCCAUGCCCAGCCACAUGAUGGAGCAACACCACGAUGCAGGUGGCGGGAUCAACACCAACCUUCAGUCGAGUCACAACUGGAUCCCCGACAAGUACAUGAAGCUGGAGCCGGUGGGAUCGCCGGUCGAGAAGCGGGCGCGCCUCGACGACUGGCGGGCCCAGUCUAUCACUUAG